AUGGAUGAGAAGAGCCUUCCCAUUCUUAAAACUAGCAAGACACCUCGUAAUGAGAUCGACAGCUUGGAGGAAAUGGUUGAAGAAGGGUUUGUUAACAAAAGAAGAAAGGUCAUCGAACUACAAGACAUCAACGAUUCUUUUCCCUCUGAAGACAAUGGCAUUGAAGACCAAGAUGAUGGACUUGCAACGGUCACCAUAGAAGAUAAAGAAGAAAGUAAAGAUCAAGGUUACGAAGAAGACGAUAUGUUUGCCUCUGAUGAUGAUCAACCACUUUCAACUGUGAAAAACGGACAAGACACGGCAAAAUCUGAAGGACCACAUCAAGAACCACCAGAAGGAGAUGGAAUCAAACUAGAUGCUUUCAAUUUGGAGGAAGAAUCAAAAACUGGAGUGUUUGAUCAAUUCGGAAACUAUACCGAGACGAAACCUAAUGCUGAAGAUGAGGUGCAAGACCAAGACCGAUGGUAUGACGACUAUAAGGAAGAUGAACAGCUACAAAAGGCCAAGAAAUCUCAAGAGAAGAUGGCAGAAGACGAAAACAUCAGAAGAGAACAGUUCUCCAAAAACAAACGGCUAUAUACACUUGAAGAAAGUUUGAAGAGACUUUUAUACUUCUUGGAUGAAAAUGAGACUGUGCUUACAACCUUGGGAAAGCUUAACGUGGUUCGAGAGCGUUACAAGAAAAGGAAAGCCAAAACGAAAACUAGCCAGAAAAAAAUCGACGAAGACAGCGCAUUGCAUGAGAAGCUUUGUUUCCAGUAUGUUGUGCAUUCCAUCAAUUUCCUCACCGAACUCUUAGACAUCGUCGGAAAGAAAGGAAUACCAGAUGUGAACGAACUCACAAGAAUACGAGUGGCAGCUCUCAUUGAGGAGGAGUCACUGGGCGACGAACCUAUUAAUGACUACGAAACCAAGCUGUGGAGCUUCAAAUGGCUUCGGGACCUGGCAACCGUGAAUGGUCCAUUCACAAAUUACGAAAUGCAAUCGUGGAAGAGCACGUACUUCCAGGAUAACGUGGUAGUCAAAUAUGGUGAUGACGAUCCCAAUGAGGCCAGAAACUGGAUUCAUAUCAGUUGCGUUCAUUUUAUGUGA